AUGGCGCCUAAAACACACUCUCUGUCCUCUUUAUCCUCUGUCUCUGCGUUCCCUCUCCUUCAAUUUUCAAACCCUAGCCCAAAUAUUCUCAGGUUGUACCCUUCAAAACCCACUCUCGUAUUUUGCAAAGUCACACACUCACAAACCCCUCAAGACCACUUCUCAGUAUCCACACCUGAACCCGAAGGGUUCGGAGCUGCGGCUCCCACCCGUGGGGAGAUCUUCCUCGAACGCCAACAGUCGUUGGAUGCUUCGGCUAUGGUGCUGGAAGCGACCAAGAAGAGGAGGAAGAGGAAAGAGAAAGUUUUGAAGGUCUCUGCAGUGGUUUAUAGCUGUUAUGGUUGUGGAGCUCCUUUACAGACUUCCGAAAUUGAUGCUCCGGGUUAUGUGGAUCCCGAUACUUACGAAUUGAAGAAGAAACACCAUCAACUUAGAACAGUUUUGUGUGGGAGGUGCCACCUAUUGUCUCAUGGGCACAUGAUUACAGCUGUUGGCGGAAAUGGAGGCUAUUCUGGUGGGAAGCAGUUUGUUUCAGCCGAGGAGCUUCGGGAGAAGCUAUCUUAUUUGUGCCAUGAGAAAGCUUUGAUUGUUAAAUUGGUGAGCCUCACUGUUCGAAUUCUAAUCUGUCGUGAACUUUAUAUCUUGCCUUCAGACAUAUCAAUUGCUUUGUCUAUGAAAAUGAUCCCCUAA